AUGGGUUGUGGUAUGAGCACCGAAGACAAGGAGGGCAAGCAGAGGAACGAGGAGAUCGAGAACCAAUUGAAGAAGGAUCGCAUGAUGCAGAGAAACGAGAUCAAGAUGCUCUUGCUCGGUGCCGGUGAAUCCGGAAAGUCAACCAUCCUUAAGCAGAUGAAGCUGAUCCACGAGGGUGGCUACUCUCGCGACGAGAGAGAGUCCUUCAAGGAAAUCAUCUUCAGCAACACCGUGCAAUCCAUGCGCGUCAUCCUCGAAGCAAUGGAGUCGCUGGAACUUCCCCUCGAUGACCAGAGAGCCGAGUACCACGUCCAGACAAUUUUCAUGCAACCCGCACAGAUCGAAGGCGACAACCUUCCCCCAGAGGUUGGCAACGCCAUCUCCGUCCUGUGGAAGGACCCUGGUGUCCAGGCCUGCUUCCAGCGCUCAAGAGAGUACCAGCUCAACGACUCUGCCAAAUACUACUUUGACUCGAUAGACCGCAUCGCUCAGCCUGACUACAUCCCCAACGACCAAGAUGUCCUCCGUUCCCGUGUCAAGACAACCGGUAUUACCGAGACCACCUUCAUCAUUGGCGACCUUACCUACCGCAUGUUCGACGUCGGUGGUCAACGUUCCGAGCGUAAGAAGUGGAUUCACUGCUUCGAGAACGUCACCACCAUUCUCUUCCUUGUCGCUAUUUCGGAAUACGACCAGCUGCUCUUCGAGGAUGAGACCGUCAACCGUAUGCAAGAAGCCUUGACCCUGUUCGACAGCAUUUGCAACUCAAGGUGGUUCGUCAAGACAUCCAUCAUUCUUUUCCUCAACAAGAUCGAUAGAUUCAAGGAGAAGUUGCCCGUCAGCCCCAUGAAGAACUACUUCCCUGACUAUGAGGGCGGUGCCGACUACGCUGCUGCUUGCGACUACAUUCUCAACCGUUUCGUCAGCUUGAACCAGCACGAGACCAAGCAGAUUUACACACAUUUCACCUGCGCCACCGAUACCAUGCAGAUCAGAUUUGUUAUGGCUGCCGUCAACGAUAUCAUCAUCCAAGAAAACCUCAGAUUGGCCGGCCUCAUCUAA